AUGGCGUCUGUUGGGUUGCCUGAAUGGAAAGCCGCUCUCUCGGCUUCCCAGCGGUACGAGACCAUCCAGAAGAUCCAAGAGUCGUUGGCCACGACUAGCAUGAGCGAGGCCAUCGCCAUAGAACAGGCCGCCUACCAGAUCUCUUCUACUCAGGAGGAGUACAACCUCGCAUGUCAGCCGACCUCGACACCGCUGCCCAGACAAGAUGCCCAAGAGUAUGAUGAGGCUGAGGUUGAGGAGGAAUCUGGUGUUCGCAUUGGCUCCUACCGCAACUGCCAUCCCAUCUCUGAGGGCGUCACCUCUGAGGUCUAUCGCUCCGGUGACAAGGCUCUCAAAGUCAUUGUCGCCUACCAGAACAUCGAACCGCAUAACCCCCAACGAGAGGCUAAGAUCCUCAAGUCUUUGCGGUCUCCCUGCAUUGAACUACUCGAAACCUUUCGCGACCAAGAGCAGCAAUUCGUCCUCGUUUUUCCCUUCAUGCCUUACACUCUCACCGAUCUUCUCGACAAAGGGCCCAUCCCCUUGGAUGCAGCUCGUUCUAUCUUCAGAGACGUCCUUCAGGGGUUAAAGGAUAUCCACGCGCAAGGAAUCGUACAUCGAGACAUUAAGCCAUCCGCUAUCCUUUUAGCUUCUCCUACCGGUCCAGCUUAUCUCUCCGAUUUUGGUACUGCAUGGCACCCCGAGUUCUCGGCCCAAUCUGAGCCACAUGACGACAAGAUUCUCGACAUCGGGACAGGGCCUUAUCGAGCGAUAGAUGUUCUCUUCGGGAACAAGUCGUACGGGCCAGAAGUCGACAUGUGGGGGGUAGGCGUCAUGAUUUCAGAGGCCAUUCGAGAUCCGCCCAAGCCCAUCUUCGAGUCUCGUGCCGUGCAUGAGGAUGGAAACCAACUGGGACUGAUUCUUAGUAUCUUCAAGACCAUUGGCACACCUACCCCAGAGACUUGGCCUGAGGCAAAGGAGUUUAAGAUAUCUCCUUUCCAGCUCUGGACAGUCUUUCCUUCACGCCCCUGGGACGUGGUCCUCCCAGACGUGGAUGCUGAAUUCAGAGAGCUUGUUGCUUCUUUAGUCCGUUAUGACAGCCAAAGACUCUCAGCUGAACAGGCCUUGAAUCAUAAAUGUCUUGACACGACACGUUGA